CAUUAGGAGGCCAGCGAUUCAAGCCAAUAACUUUGAAAUCAAACCAGCUAUCAUUCAAAUGAUCCAACAAAAUGUCCAAUUCAGUGGUUUGCCUAAUGAAAAUCCUUAUUCGCAUAUUGCUAGUUUUCUUGAAAUUUGUGAUACUUUUAAGGCUAAUGGUGUUAGUAAUGAGUCUGUUAGGCUUACAUUAUUUUUAUUUUCUUUGCGUGAUAAAGCCAAGAGUUGGCUUCAAUCUUUUCCUGUAGGCCAUUUUACCAUAUGGAAUGUUUUGGUAGAUAAAUUCAUAGCUAAAUUUUUUCCUCCUUCAAAAACAGCUAAGUUGAGAAAUGACAUUACUACUUUUGUUCAAUUUGAUAAUGAGUCAUUAUAUGAGGCAUGGGAAAGAUUUAAGGAAUUGCUUAGGCAAUGUCCAAAUCAUGGUUUACCUGUUUGGCUCCAAGUGCAGACUUUUUAUAAUGCGCUUAUUGAUGUUCAACAAGGGAAACUUAGCCUUAGAAUACAUGAUGAGGAGAUUGUUUUUAAUGUGUUUGAUGCUAUGAAAAAUUGUGAUCAUGAUGGUAGUGCUGUUUUAAGGAUUGAUGUGGUAGACAAUAUAGUGGCUGAAAAUUUUAAUGCUUCUAGAUUAGAUGAUCCUAUUGAUAAUUGCAUUGUUAAUGCUUUGGAUGUGAAAGUUGAUAGUGCAGACAAUAACAUUUUGGAGGCAGCAGCUAUUCUUGGGGGAAAAUGCCAUAGGCAGCCACAAAAAGGAGGGAAUUUUCUGCCCUUAGAUGCACCGUCCACUGUGACAGUCAAGCCAUCCAAAGAAGAGCCCCCUACUCUUGAAUUAAAACCUCUUCCUUCUCAAUUAAAGUAUGUUUAUUUGGGUGAUUCAAAUACCUUACCUGUUAUAAUUUCUGCUUCUUUGACAGGAAUAGAGGAGGAGAAACUCUUAAGGGUGUUGCGAGAACACAAAGGAGCUAUAGGAUGGAGCAUAGUGGAUAUCAAAGGAGUUAGUCCUUCGGUUUGUAUGCAUAAAAUUCUGUUGGAGGAGGGGCACAAGUCGGUUGUUCAGCCUCAAAGACGCCUUAAUCCUAACAUGCAAGAGGUGGUCAAAAAUGAGGUAAUCAAAUGGUUGGAUGCAGGUAUUAUUUUUCCUAUCUCUGAUAGUACUUGGGUGAGUCCUGUGCAAGGUGGAGAGUGUGCAUAGAUUAUAGGA